AUGGGAUUCGAAUUCUGUGAGGCCCAUUUCUCGAAGGAGGAGACGAAUCUCAUCUCGCUCCUGGCCCUCAUCUCGUCGACCAUCUCCAUGUUCGGCUCCUCGUACAUGCUCCUCUCCUACUUCCUCUUCAGCACGAGGAAGAAUCCGCUCUCCAAGCUUGUGGCGUGGCUGGCCUUUGCCGAUUACCUCGUCUCCCUCAACAACAUCAUCAAGACCUCCAUCAUCUACGCCGAUCCCGACUGGUACGUGUGGCCUCUGUGCGUCUCCAUGCGCGUCUACUUCCAGCUCACUGCCGGGGUGCGACGAUGGGAGUGGGCGCUGUUCCACGGCCUGAGCUGGGGCAUCCCGCUCGUGUGCGUGGUGGGCCUGGUCUCGGGCGACCUCCUCACCCAAUCGCCCAACCUCUACCUCUGCUUCCCCAAGAAGCCCUGGCACAUCAUCCUCUGGUUUGCACCAGUCCUGGCGUCCUUCGGUCUGAACCUGCUGUUCUACCUGUUAAUCAUCUACCGCAUACGGAAGAUCAAGCGGGAGCAGAAGGCCUACCUGCACGCCACGCAGUACCACGAGGUGUCGACCAAGCUCUCCAAAGUGAUCCUCCGCUUCUCCUUCUACCUGCUGGUCUUCUUCGUGUGCUGGGUGUUCGACGUCCUCACCUACGUCGUCGGCACCAUCGACCCCUCGUGCGGCGCCAUCAUCUUCACCAUCCUCUACUCCAUCCUCCUCAACCUCCAGGGCGGGCUGGACUUUUUGGUGUACGGGGUGACGAACGACAACAUCUACAAGCGGUUCACGAGCCGGUCCACGGUGGUCCACUCCCUGUUCGAGUUCUGCCUGUCGCCGCUCCUCGUCUUCCCGGCCUUCCUGAUCUACCUCCGCAAGGUGCUGCGCGCCCGCCGCUCCAAGGCCGCGCGGCAGCACCUCCAGCACAUGCGCGACCCCAAACUCCACCACGGCUCCUUCCGGAGCGGCCGGUUGAGCAGCGUCGAGCUGGACAGCGCGCGGGAGAGCGGGGAGGACGAGGCGGGCCUGGAGGAGGACGACUUCGAGGAGGGCCACCGGGGCGUCCUCGCCGCCUUUGUGCGGGGCGGCGGCGGCGCCACGCCCGUCGCGCCCAGCCCGGCGGCGGCGGCAGCGGCAGCCGAGCAGACAUCGCUCCUCCGCAGCCGACGAAAAGGCGAAGAAGGCGACGACGAUCACAUCAACAUCAACAUCAACCGAGAAAGUGGUCCAUGA